AUGACGAAAGAAGCCAAGAAACGUGGCUAUGUUAUGACAUCGCGAUCACGUCCACUUAACAAGAUGGACAUUGAUGAAUUUGACUAUAUCAUCUGCAUGGAUGACAAGAACAAAGCGGCGGUGCUGGAGGCUGCUAUGGCCUGGGGCGGCCCAUCAUGUCGUGACCUCGCCAGGGACAAAAUCUCAAUGAUGACCGAUUAUUGCAAUACUUUCAAGGAUGCCACUCGUAUUCCGGAUCCGUGGUACGAAGGCGGUUUCGACCACGUGCUUGAUCUUCUAGAAGACGCUUGUGAAGGUCUAUACAAUCACCUGAUGGCCAGAAAUGAGCAGUCGAAGAGCUAA